AAGAAAACGGUGUUGAAGGAACGGUGUACAAGCGACCACCUGAGUCUAACCAAAACAUUGUAGGUGUGACACAGGAAGGACAACGAGCCAACUACACCACCAAAGAAAGAAGUGGCAACCGAUGACCAAGAUGGCGAUCACCGACACAAUAUUCGAUCUUCUACUCGAGUGGGACCUGUCCAGAUUGAUGUUUAUUGUGUACCUCGUGAUAAUCAGCCUAAGUGGGACUCUCGUCAACUUCUUCAGGGAGAUGGUGCCGCUGCCACACUUCUUUCUACAGGCCUUCAAGUACGGCAAGAUGGCUCACAGCACACACGUCAACACCCUCAUCUCUCGCCUUGAAGUUCCGAAGAAAUGGUUUGUACAUUUUUACAUUUCUGCCUCUCUGGUAGUGACGGUGGCCUUUAUGCAGACGUGGUGUGUGUAUGUGUCGAGGAGUCCCUUGUCAUCAUGGUUCAGUGUUGUUCUUGAUGUUCUCACUACACCUCACAGAAGUCCAACAGUGAGUGGCACAUCAGCAGCCCUGGGACUGUGUUUACUGGCCGCACAGAUAUACCGCAGACUGUACGAGAAUCUGUACAUCAACGUGUUCAGCUUUGGUCAUAUAAAUGUGUUUCAUUAUAUCGUUGGUCACACUCACUACCUAGGAGCUGCAGCUCUUCUGUUGUCUCAGGCUCCAGGGUUUGACGGUACUGACUCUCACAUCUCAUUCUCUGCUCUUGAUUUCUGGCACGUUAUUGGAACCAUCAUUUGUAUUUAUGGAUUUACUGUCCAGAAUAAAAGUCUCCGCUUGUUGGCUGCUUUAAGGAAACACAAAGACAAAAACAUGAAAGAGAAGCACGUAAUACCUCAAGGUGGGAUGUUCGAGGUGGUAUCCUGCCCACACAUGUUCGCUGAAGUGGUGGUGUAUGUGGGCAUCCUCAUCGUCUUGCGCACACACAUGGGUUGGGGCAUCGUCACACUGUGGGUCAUGUCUAAUCAGAUCCAGGUAGCAGUCAUGAAUCACAGGUGGUACCAGAAGACGUUCAAGGAUUACCCACGCAGCCGGAGAGCAAUAUUCCCAUUCUUGUUAUGAAGAUUACUACUGUCUCGAGAUGUUGAUUGUCGUGCAGACAUCAUUACUGUCGCUGUCGUUAAUUGAUGGCAUGAGAAUGUGCUCUUCCACUUUUGUACUCAGUGUGAUGGGGUCGAAGCCUCGUACAAAAAGUUGUUUUAUUGUU